AUGAACAAAAACACCGGUCUGCAGUUCCUGCGGCCAUAUCUUUCCACGGACCUACCAGUCCGAGGAAAAUUUGCCUACAUCCGCUUCUACAACUCUUCAAAAUGUUUAGCAUCACCAGCAACGUCCCCUCAAAGGAGAAAGAAGAAGAGCACUGAUAACCUGCUUCGCCGUGAUGGAGUGACAACUGCCUCUGGAAAAGGCUCGUCAGGGAGUGCAGUAGAUUUUGGAAACCGAGGGCCGGUGGAGCAGCGGGUGGAAGAACUGAAGGCUGCCAAUGCUUUGGUAUACCCCAGGAUACAACGGAGUAGCACCGCAUUAACCUGCGGAGAGUUCGCGAAACGAUAUGGGAAGCUGACACCUGGGCAAGAGCGGCCGGCCGAGGGCGUGACGAUACGAGGACGUGUGCUCUCCGUUCGUAUCGUAAGCAAAGGCCUAAUCUUCCUGGAUAUUGUCCAUGACUCCUGUACAAUUCAAGCGCUUUGCAAUCUGUCUAAGCUUGAAACCUUUUCUGGCGUGCUGAGCACAAACUUCCGUAAAUUCGCCCAUCUGGUUCGCCGUGGAGAUAUUAUCUCUGUAUUUGGCCAUCCCUACGUGACAAAGACGGGUGAAUUGUCCGUCAAUGCAAUGGAACUGCCAACAAUAUUGUCGCCGUCCCUCCCUCUUCUACCUACAGUGCUCGGAGACCCAGAGACCCGUAUUCGAAAUCGUCAUGUUGACCUUUUGGUCAAUAAACACGUAGCAGAUACAAUACGUGUUCGCUCUCAUAUAAUACAAUAUAUGCGUGAUUUUCUACUCCAGGAUAACUUCCUUGAGGUGCAGACACCUAUAAUUACCGACAAGGCGAGUGGUGCUAUUGCAAGGCCUUUUACCACAGUUGCCACAGAAUUCCUCGACAAGGAAUUGGCUCUCAGGAUUGCCCCCGAGAUAUGGCUUAAGCGGCUAAUUCUAGGGGGCUUGGACCGCGUCUUCGAGAUAGGACCUGCUUUCCGGAAUGAGGGUCUCGACUCUACUCAUAAUCCCGAGUUCACCACCUGCGAGUUCUACAAGUCAUUUGCUGAUCUAGAAGAUCUCAUCUCGAUGACCGAACGACUGUUCUCAGGCUUGGCAGAGCGUGUUAAAUCACUACGCCAGGAAUCUCUGGGAGCGCUUCCUGAAUUGGAUGAGAACCUCUUUGCUGCUCCUUUCAAACGCAUCCAGUUUAUCCCCGCCGUCGAAGCAGCGCUGGGGGAACCACUCCCGCCCCUUACUGCAGACGAUGCUACUGAGCAGCUUCUGGCCCUCUUCACCAAGCACAAUAUACCACUGCCGACUUCACAGACCCUCCCCCGACUCCUCGACAAGCUCUCAUCUGUCUACAUUGAGCCUCAAUGCAACGAGCCAACGUUCAUCAUGCAUCACCCUGCUUGUAUGGCGCCCCUCGCAAAAUCAUUCGUCGACACGAAAACGAAGCAGGUGGUUUCCGCCAGGGUAGAGCUCUUUGUCCAGCACAAGGAGCUAGCCAACAUGUACGAGGAAGAGAACUCUCCCUUCGAACAAAGAGAGAAGUUCCUGCAACAGGCACAGUGGAAGGAUGACGAGAAUCGAGCCGGAGUCGACGAGAGUUAUCUGGAGGCCUUGGAAUGCGCCCUUCCACCGACCGGCGGUUGGGGAUGCGGCAUUGACAGGCUGUGUAUGUUGUUCAGCGGGGCCACCCGGAUCAGCGACGUGUUGGCGUUUGGAAGCUUGAGGAAUGUGGUCAAUCUGGGCAAUGUGGUAAAUCCGGGUAAACAAGGCGUUAAGGAGGAGGAGAAGGAUGCAACUGUCGCCGAAGGCAAAGCUGGAGGAGACGUUUAA